AUGGAGUCAAGCAACAACAACAGGGUUCAGACUACGUUUUCACUUUUGUCUGCUUCAAACCUACGUGACAUUGAGGACAUGGGAAAGGUUCCUCCGGUUUAUAACUUGGCUGCCUUCAUCCUAGCUGUUAUGAUAGCUGGGAUCUAUUUCUUUGACCUUAGCGUUGCUUCAACCUGUUUGUUAAUUGCAAUUUUAUUAAAGAUAAUAAUGAAGCGCCAAUUUUCCAUUAUUCAGUAGGAGGCUCUUGCUCUGUUGCUUAUUGGAAUUAGCAUAAAUCAAAUGCAAGCUUUACCUGAGGGAAGUAGUAGAAUGGGCGUGCCACUUGAAAUGGGUGCAUAUAUCUACAUAUUCAUUUUUGUAACUGUUCCAUCUUUGGCUUCUGUCUUUAAUGAAUAUGCACUGAAAAGUCAAUAUGACACAAGCAUAUACCUUCAAAAUUUGUUUUUGUAUGGAUAUGGUGCUAUAUUCAGUUUUCUUGGGAUACUUGGAACAAUUGUUAUCAAAGGCCCUGAAAGCUUUGAUAUUUUGCAUGGACGUUCAAAAGCUACUAUGCUUUUGAUUAUAAACAAUGCAGGGCAAGUAAUUUUAUCCUCAUUUUUCUUCAAAUAUGCAGAUACAAUUUUAAAAAAGUAUUCAUCAACUGUUGCAACAAUUUUCACAGGCUUUGCAUCUGCUACUUUGUUUGGUCAUACUUUGACUAUAAAUUUCUUGCUAGGAAUUUCAAUUGUUUUCAUUUCAAUGCACCAGGCUAUUCAUCGUUUAGAUUCUGAUGCAACACAACCACUUCUUCCUACUUAA